AGUGCGGUGCUCAACACAGAAGCCCGCACUGUAGAAGCAGACGUCCUGAGCCGCCGCUGCGUCAUGAUGCGGCUGGUGGAUUUCUCCUACGAGCAGUACCAGAAGGCGCUCCGCCAGUCGGCUGGUGCCGUGGUGAUCAUCUUGCCGCAAUCCAUCUCUUCUGUCCCACAGGACGUUGUAAGGCAGUUUAUGGAGAUAGAGCCGGAAAUGCUUGCUAUGGAAACCAUUGUGCCAGUCUACUUUGCAGUGGAAGAUGAAGAGCUCCUGUCUAUCUAUGAACAGACGCGGGCUGCUUCUGCCUCGCAGGGUUCUGCCUCGGCUGCGGAAGUUCUGCUGCACACAGCAACUGCCAAUGGCUUCCAGAUGGUGACCAGCGGGGCUCAAAGCAAAGCUAUCAACGACUGGCUUAUACCCAGCGUGGAGGGAAGGCUUACGGGGCUGGGAGGAGAAGACCUGCCCACUGUCGUGAUAGUUGCCCACUAUGAUUCUUUUGGAGUGGCUCCGUGGCUGUCGCAUGGCGCUGACUCCAACGGCAGCGGUAUCUCCGUGCUGCUGGAACUAGCCAGGCUGUUUUCCCGGCUCUACACCUACAGACGUACCCACGCUGGGUAUAACUUGCUGUUCUUUGCAUCUGGAGGAGGCAAGUUUAAUUAUCAAGGAACCAAGCGGUGGCUAGAAGACAAUUUGGACCACACUGAUUCCAGCCUGCUGCAGGACAACGUAGCCUUUGUUCUCUGCCUUGAUACUCUGGGCCGAGGCAAUAGUCUUCAUCUCCACGUCUCAAAGCCUCCCAAGGAGGGGACCUUGCAGCAUGCAUUUCUGAGAGAACUGGAGAUGGUUGUUGCCAGCCAGUUCCCAGAAGUGAAGUUUUCCAUGGUGCACAAGAAGAUAAACUUGGCUGAGGACAUGCUGGCGUGGGAGCAUGAGCGUUUUGCGAUCCGACGCUUGCCAGCAUUCACCAUAUCCCAUCUGGAGAGCCACCGGGACAGCCUGCGCAACAGCAUCAUGGAUAGGAGGGCACAAAUAGACACGAAGGCACUAACCAGAAAUACCAGGAUCAUCGCUGAGGCUUUGACAAGGGUCAUCUACAACCUAACAGACAAGGGAGCGCCUGCAGAUCUGCAGAUCUUCACGGAUCAGAUGCAGAUCCAGCAGGAGCAACUGGAAUCGGUGAUGGACUGGCUGAGCAGUCAGCCCAGGGCUGCUCAGCUGAUUGAUAAAGACAGCACCUUCCUCAACACCUUAGAAUAUUAUAUGGGUCGCUACCUGAAGGAUGUCAAACAGCAUCAUGUAAAGGCAGACAAACGGGACCCUGAGUUUGUUUUCUAUGACCAGAUGAAACAGGUGAUGAAUGCGUACAGGGUCAAGCCAGCCAUCUUCGACCUGCUUCUGGCUGUCUGUAUCGCAGCCUACCUUGGUGUUGCCUAUGUCGCAGUGCAGCACUUUGGUCUCCUUUACAAGAUGAUCCAGAGAUUAUCCCUCAAAACCAAGCAGCAGUGAAGUGACGAGUCAUCACCCGAACAGCAGCACUGAGCCAUGGGUGAGCCCACAGGAACCUUCUGCCUUCCACUGAAUCCUGCUGUUUCUCUUCCUCUCUCUCCUCUCUGCUGCUCUCUGGAGGGGAGGAAGGCAGAAAG